AUGGAUUCUGAAUCUGCAGCAUGGCCCAUGGCCGACGAGUCUCUGGCGCAGGAGCUUCUGAAUAUCCUCCAGCAAGGUACUCAUUCGCGACAAGUCAAGAAGGGAGCAAACGAGGCUACGAAGGCAGUUAAUCGUGGCGUUGCCGAGCUCGUCAUCAUGGCCGGUGAUGCUUCUCCCCUUGCUAUCGUGAUGCAUCUCCCCCUCCUCUGCGAAGAUAAGAACGUUCCAUAUGUAUUCGUUCCUAGCAAGGUCGCUCUUGGACGUGCAUGUGGCGUGAGCCGAUCUAUUAUCGCUGCCAGUAUCAAUACCAACGAGGCUAGUGAUCUGGCUUCCCAAAUUCAGGAGCUUAAGCUCAAGGUGGAGAGACUCAUGAUCUGA